UCAACAGCGGGCACCAUCGAAGGCGCGUUAGUCGAACUCCGCUAACUGUCGCGCCUGCCCGCCUCCCGCCGUACCCGUGCCGCGCGGACUUUCCGAAAAAAAAAAAGUUUUAAAAAGUUAACCGACUCAGUAAUGAGGAAAUAAUUAAAAACUUCAACAUUGUGUGCUGUGACGCUUUGUAAAUACCAAAAGUUCAUAUAAUUUCAUGUUAUGUUAAUAGUUACUAAUUGUUUAGUGGGUGUUGUGAAGUUUAAUUGAAAUAUUUGAAUGGCUGCCAAAACUAGUAAAUGCAGCUGAGUGACUGCGCCAUUGGGUCUGCUGGUUCGAGUUGUUCGUCCCUGAUGGGCGGAGCGCAGAAGUUAGCAGAGAAACUUUGAACUUGGAUUAUGGGAGAAAAAUGACCAGAUAACAAUUCCAAUAUGGUGUCGCGGGCUAAUUCUCGGAUUAGUAAAGUCAUUAUGAUUAUUGUAUGGAACCUGUGUGUUAGUUCAGAGAGCUUGAACAACAACAAAAGCAAUUUAACUAUAUUAAAUGAAUUCUUAGAUAGUAAUACAAGAAUAGACUUAAAUGAUUACCUCGAAAGGGACACUAUUUACAGAACACAAAGACACAUCGAAAAAAUAAGAAAUGAAAUUAAUAACACAGAAUAUUUGGAAGAAGAUUCAGAUAGUUUAAGAAACGAAAUCUACGAUAAAGAUAAAAUGGUUUCAAAUCGAAGCGACAUAGAAUUUGCAAGAAUCAUGGCCGAAGAUAGCACAACGACGGAAGUUGACAACUAUUCAACAACAGCUUGCCCCGGUGAUCAGGACUAUUGCAAUAUGACAAGAGAGGAGUACAUAGAAAUGUUACAGGAGUACAUAUAUCCGCGGCCAUUCGAAUGGGUGCUUAUAACAACGCAUGCAAUAGUGUUUGUGAUCGGCCUGAUUGGGAACGCUCUAGUGUGUAUAGCGGUGUACAGAAAUCAUUCGAUGAGGACUGUGACCAACUAUUUCAUCGUGAAUCUUGCGGUGGCUGAUUUCAUGGUGAUCUUGAUAUGUCUGCCUCCAACAGUAUUAUGGGACGUUACGGAAACCUGGUUCUUUGGCACUGCCAUGUGUCGAAUAGUGCUGUACUCUCAGUCGGUGUCGGUGACGGUGUCGGUGCUCACAUUGACGUUCAUCUCAGUGGACCGCUGGUACGCCAUCUGCUUCCCGCUCAAGUUCAAGUCCACCACCGGCCGCGCCAAGACCGCCAUACUCAUCAUCUGGCUCAUUUCUUUACUUUUCAAUGUGCCAGAACUAGCAGUUUUGCAAGUGAAGAUGCUCUCUCGCCCGCUGAGAUUUGACAUGCAUAAGCAGUAUUUCAUGCAAUGCUCAGCGAAGUGGUCAGAUGAAUCUGAACUCAAUUGGAGCAUAAUAAAGGCGGUAUUUCUUUACACGCUUCCGCUAUUCCUGAUGAUGAUCGCAUACUGCCAAAUCGUGAGGGUGCUGUGGCGCUCAGACAAUAUUCCGGGCCAUUCGGAGUCCCACCAGCUAUGCACUACACCUACUGGACAGAACAAUUGGCUAGCAGCGAAGCGGCGCACAACGCCAUCUAUCCACGCGAACGCGUCAACUGAGGGGCAGCUGCGCUCACGCCGCAAGGCCGCCAAGAUGCUCGUGGCUGUCGUCGUCAUGUUCGCCGUGUGCUACUUUCCCGUGCAUCUGAUUUCAGUCCUUAGAGUGGCAUUCAACGUGCAGCAGAGUGACGUCAUCACGUGCAUCGCGCUCAUCUCGCACGUCAUGUGCUACGCCAACUCUGCCGUCAACCCCCUCAUAUACAACUUCAUGAGUGGCAAAUUCCGUCGCGAAUUCCACCGGUCGUACUUCAAAUGCUUCUGCUGCUGCCACGCCCCGCUCUCUCCCGAUCGCAACGGCGCGUCGUUCGCUCCCAUCGGCAGCUCCCGCGCCGGCACCACGCGCACCGUCGUGCGGCGCAACGACUCCUGCGCCUCCUACCGCCUCACACACCUCUCCCCUUCCAACCACAACAGCAUUAACAGGGACUUUCCCAGAAACACCAACACCUCAUUCAUAGAGCAGAUCAACGGCAACAGGAGACCGAAACUAAGAGAGGACUCCAUCAGCGAAUCGGCAACCAGGUUUACGUUAACUACCGACGCUUGCAGAGAUUGACGAUUGAGCAAAAAUCUAUUCUGCAAGGACCGAGAGGGAAUAGAGACGUAUAUUGCCCGGAGUACGAACAGCAUCGAUUGUAAACCAUACUACGAUUGCUUUAAAGAUAAGAAAUGUUACAUUAGCGAGGAAAGGCAUAGCGACACAUACGCAGAUUACCGCGAGUGUGACAAAGAGUGGAAGGAACUGUUUACUGUUAAAGAUGAUACCAAAAACGGGUUUACCUUUAAAUUUAACCGUAGUCUUAAUAGCUGUCAGAUUAAGAAUAAGAGGAAAAUCAACACGGUCUUUUAAAGUAAGUUUUCUAGUUAAGUCAAUAAAUCCUUAGUAUCAAGAUCCCUUUAGCCUUUCUGAACAUAUCUCAAUUAUUACAACGUAAUGAUUCUUUGGUUUUUUACGAUUUAAUUUUUUAUAACUCGCUAAGUUAAAGACGGUUCCGGCGGAAGAAAAACGAAUUAAUAUGUUCUUAAAUAACUUGGAGUAUAUCGUAACAUAACAUUCAGUUGCUAUAAAACGUAGGUAUUGAUCCUGAUGCUAAGAUUUUAAGGUGUACCUACUUCUUUAUUAAUUGUGUGUGAGUGAGAUAAUUAUAAGCACCAUGGAUGUAUUAAAUUAAGUACUGCUUGUUAUUUAUUACUGUGUUGGAAUAAAAAUGUAAUAACUUUGUCAAUUUUAAAUGUAUUAUACAGGGUGACCUUAGCCAUUGGACAAACCCUGAAAUCCCACGCAGGGUUACUUCUCAGAAAUGCUCUAACGGUAAUUUUUUUUUUAUUAGAACAAAAGAUAAAAAAAAUAUAUCAAUCAAAAGUUAUUUCCAAUAAUCGACAACAAAAAGAAACAUAUUGUAUUAAUCAUUGGCAGUGGUUUUGACAAUUUGUUUGAAAAUGUGCGGCAAUGAUGACAUUUGUCAAAAGUCAGAAUCUUAUUAAUGUCAUAAAUAAAAAAGAUAAUCAACACGGUCGAAGAAGGUUUCAUACUAUUUAUUACCUCAGGAGCUACUAAAACAUACAUACAGGUUGCUCCAAAGUAAAAUAUCGUAAUUUGUUAAUUUCUUCGUAACCGCUACACCAAUUUUAUUGUUAUGAUACUUUGUAUACUGGUUCUUAAUACCCUAAUGCAUAUUAUGUACAUUUCGGCUUUGUCCAAUGGCUAGGGACACCUGUAUAACAUUUUCUAAUGUUUAAUUCAAAUCUGUUCAGAAUUCUAUGGAUAAAAAAAAUCCAAGGUAUUCUAUAAAUUAUCACAUUCUCAAAAAUGCUUGAAUGCGUGACUUACAUGUUCAAAUUGUCAUCUUUGUCACGAUUACAAUAAAAGAUGUACCGCAACCUCAAAUGGCAGCACUUAGGUAAUUUAUAUUUAGACACAUUGAAUCCACUCGUGCCAGAGGCUAUGUCAAAAGAAACUUUCAACUACACUUACGAGUAACAUCAUUUUAUAUCGUAGCUAAGUCACGUAUCAUUGACAUAAUAUAAUUAGCCUCUUAUUGAAACAUAUAACAGAACUACUGAAAAUUGACAUAAUCAAAGCGAUCCUUAAUAAAAUAAACUAUUAAAUAGAAUUUAUUUAUGUUAAAUAUAUGUCGAAACAAUCCUUACAAAUGUAAUAGCGGUUGACAACGCCUGACAUUGGCACUUCCUUGUAAAUCUCUCAGGACAAAUUGAAUACUUCCACACUCAGAUUUAGAUAAGUACCUUCCCGAAGGGACAAGAAAAUAACACGGAUAGUUCAUCAACUUUAGCGUUGCCACUUUAUUCCAAUAUUUCUUAAAAAGGGGUAAGUAGAGUUUGUAUUACAUCAUUAUUAUUUCUUCAAAUUAAGGAUUAAAUAAUAAAUACGGUAUUGUCAUUAUAAUUUAGGUAAUGUCAAUAUAGCU